AUGCUUCUCCUUCAUGUCUCCAAGGCCUUCCAUAAGCCUCUUCCCUUCUCACUCCUUGCCCCCCGCCGUCCUCACCACCGCCGUGCCUUACUCCGUACACUCGUAGCAUCUGCUUCCUCUUCAUCUCCCCAAAACCAAAAGGUGGGCUUCGUCGGCUUGGGUUACAUGGGAGCCGGCAUGGUCCGUCGCCUCCUCGAGCGAGGGGACGACGUGAUUGUGUGGAAUAGAAGUCUGCGCAAGAGCGAAGCCCUCUUAGCCGAAUACCCUGCGCCCCGCGUGACAAUCGCAUCGACUCCCAGACAAGUCCUGGAGGAGGCAGGUCUCAUGACCUUUUCCAUGCUCUCCACUCCCGAAGCCGCCCAUGCCGUUUUUGAAGGGCCCGACGGCGUACUGGCCGGCGUCGGCCCUGGGACCAAUUUGGUGGAUUGUGCCACCUUGGAGGUGAAAGACAUGCAAAGCUUCGACGCUGCCGUACGGGAGAAGGGCGGUCGUUUCCUCGAAGCGCCCGUGUCAGGGAGCAAGGUACCGGCAGAACAGGGGCAAUUGGUAUUUUUGACGGCGGGGGACCAAGAAUUGUUCCAGCUUGCACAACCCUACUUAGAAGCAAUGGGGAAAGCGAAUGUCUUUCUGGGGACCACGGGAAAGGGAACGGAGAUGAAGCUGGUCGUGAACAUGGUCAUGGCGACCAUGAUGACGUCCCUGGCCGAAGGCUUGAAUUUGGCGGGAAAGGCCGGCAUCGACCCAGCGGAAGUAGUGAAGGUCCUGGGUUUAGGUGCCAUGGCCAAUCCGAUGUUUGCUCUGAAAGGGCCCAAAAUCAUCCAAGAUGACCACACCCCGAAUUUCCCCCUAAAACAUGCCCAGAAAGAUUUGGCCUUUGCGUUGACUUUGGCGGGACAGCUGGGUGCCCGGGUGCCGACGGCGCAGGCGGCGGACGAGGAAUAUCGAAAGGCAUUAGCGGCGGGGGAGGGCGAGAGAGACUUCUCUGCAGUAGCUCACAGGUUGAUGGAGUGA